AUGUCUCUCUCGUCCGCGUCAAGCACUCUGCUGCGCGCUUGCGCCCGCCAGCAGCUGCCCACCACCCGCGCCGCCGUCGCCUCCUGCCAGCAGCAAAGAGGACUGACUGAGGCCUCCAAGUCCUCCUCCUUCGAGAGCCCCUUCGGCAGAUCCCAGGAAUACCAAUCGACCCUGAAGAUCCCCAGCUUCGGCAAAUACUCCUCCGGCAAGGCCCCGCGCUCGAACCAGGUUUUCUCCUACUUCAUGGCUGGUGCCCUCGGUCUGGGAUCCGCUGUCGGUGCCAAGGCUACUGUCCAGGACUUCCUGGUCAACAUGUCCGCCUCCGCCGACGUCCUCGCUCAGGCCAAGGUUGAGGUCGGUCUUGCCUCGAUCCCCGAGGGCAAGAACGUUAUCAUCAAGUGGCGUGGCAAGCCCGUUUUCAUCCGUCACCGCACUCAGGAUGAGAUCCAGGAGGCUCAGCAGAUCGACUGGAAGACCCUCCGUGAUCCUCAGGCCGAUGAAGACCGUGUCCAGAAGCCCGAGUGGCUUGUCAUGCUUGGUGUCUGCACCCAUCUUGGUUGUGUCCCAAUUGGUGAAUCCGGUGACUAUGGCGGCUGGUUCUGCCCCUGCCACGGUUCCCACUACGACAUCUCCGGCCGUAUCAGGAAGGGUCCCGCUCCUCUGAACCUCGAGGUUCCCCAGUACAACUUCCCCGAUGAGGAGACCCUCGUCAUCGGUUAA